AUGCACACCUUCAGCCAUGAUAUGAAAAAGAAUCUGCAGAUGCAUAUUCAACCGCUAGCGUAUGGCUUAUCCAACGACACCUCGGUCGAUGCUUAUUCUGAAAAGACUGUUUCAUUGGUAUUUUAUGGUAUAAGAAUUCUGUUCAUGAUCCUAUUGGUGCUAGCUCUUUUCAUUCUACUCUUUCGUAACUGGAAAGAAUAUGUAUUCAACAAACGACUCAUGUAUUCAUUAAUGUUGAGCAUGACCGUGAUUCAAGUACUUGCAAUCCUGGCAGGAAUUGGACAUUCCACGUGUUCAUUACUUCAAUUGAAAGAAGUGAUUGGACAAACAUUCUUCAUGCUCUAUUAUGAAGGAAUCAUCAUUGAUUUGAUUUUGAGUUUGUAUUGCCAGUUAGUGACAACAAAAAUGUUAUUUGAAAUUUAUUUUCAUAAGGAACAGUAUUGGAUGCGAAAAAACAAACGUGCUUGGAGAAUGCGACAUUGUGUGCUUGUGUUUGCUGUUAGCGUGGCAGUAUGUACUGCAAUAUUUACCAUUCUGGUGGUGCCUGCGGUUUUAUUGACACUCAUGUUUUAUUAUUUUCCAAAUGUGAAUCAAGAAAUUGCGAGACAGGCCGCAAUUUAUCGAUUUUAUGUUGAUGCUGUACUUGGAGUAUUGCACAUUCUUACCAUGGCAGCUAUAGGUAUUAUUAAUGUAAUACUGGUGGUGUCACUUGUCAAGAAACUACUCUCGAGCGGCAUGGUCUCUUUCCAACGUAAGAUGGCUGCCUUACGAAUGAUCAUGCUCAGUGUAGGUCAAUUUUUUCUUGGAAUUAGCAUGGGCCUUGUGACCUUCAUGCUCGUGCUUGGUCUUCUCAAUCGUUAUCUUUUCAUCGUUGGAGGAUUUUUGCAAACUUUAAACAUUUUUAUAUUUUGUGUCAUGAUCAUGUUUUCCUUCCACUCUCUGAAAUUUCUUGCCGAGAAUUUGGAGCGAAUUUCAUCGAAGCGAGUUCCUUCCGAAUUGAAAGAAAAUUUAGAGCAACAAAUUAAGAAUCUCCCUGAAAACCAUACUUCGAAUCCUCAAGACAUGAACGAGAAUGAUUCUAAUAAGGAUGGUCGUGAACAUAAAGGUGUUGGUCAACCCUUAGACAAUACAGACCAUCAUCAACAAAUGGCAACUUCACCACUUGCUUUGAUUUCACAUGAAGGUGUUGACGUGACACCUUUUACGUCUCUCUCCUAG